GCCACGCUGGCCGUCAAACGGAUGUACGAGAGGGCGGUCAGCGCCCCCAGCAGCCCCACGCGCCUCAGCCGCUCGGGGAAGAGGAGCUGGGAAGAGCCCAACUGGCUGGGCUCCUCCUCACGCCUGCUCAGCCAGGAGGUGAAGGGCAACCUCAGCCGCUCGCUGCAGACCCUGCCCACCGAUGCGUCAGCUGCAGACACAGACUUUUUCCGACCCACCAAACCCACGGCAGCCGCCAAGAGGAGUCAGGUGGAGCUGAAAAAAUCCCGCCUUCGCCUGUCCCUGCAAGAAAAGCUGCUGGCUUACUACAGGAGGCAGGUGGCCAUCCCAGGGGAUGAGCAAGCCAAGGCCAAGCAGGCAGCAGUGGACAUCUGCGCCGAGCUGCGCGGCUUCCUGCGCGCCAAGCUGCCGGACAUGCCCCUGCGGGACAUGUACCUGAGCGGCAGCCUCUACGAUGACCUGCAGGUAGUGACAGCUGAUCACAUCCAGCUCAUUGUGCCUCUGAUGCUGGAGCAGAACCUGUGGUCCUGCAUCCCCGGGGAGGACACCAUCAUGAACAUUCCUGGCUUCUACCUGGUGCGGCGGGAGAACCCAGAGUACUUUCCCCGUGGGAGCAGCUACUGGGACCGCUGUGUGGUGGGUGGCUACCUGUCCCCCAGGGCUGUGGCUGACACCUUUGAGAAGGUGGUAGCCGGCUCCAUCAACUGGCCGGCCAUCGGGUCUCUCUUGGAUUACGUCAUCCGUCCGGCAGCUCCCCCAGCAGAUUUGACACUGGAAGUCCAGUACGAUCCGGGACGGCGUCUUUUUAUUGACUUCUUACCAUCCCUGACGUUGGGUGACAUCAUCCUGGUGGCCAAACCCCAUCGAUUGGCCCAAAAUGACAACCUGUGGCGACUGAGCCUGCGGCCGGCGGAAACGGCUCGGCUGCGGGCCCUGGACCAGGGCGAUUCCGGCUGUCGUUGCUUGUGCCUGAAGAUCUUCAAAGCUGUCUGCAAGUCCCACCCAGCCCUGGGUCACCUCACUGCCAGCCAGCUCACCAACGUCAUCCUGCACCUCUCCCAGGAGGAGCCUGACUGGUCCCAGGAGGUGCUGGCCGAUCGCUUCCUGCAGGCGCUGAAGGGGCUGAUCCGUUACUUGGAGGCGGGUGUGCUCCCCAGUGCUCUGAACCCCAAGGUGAACUUGUUCUCAGAGCUCACCCCUGAAGAAGUGGACGAGUUGGGCUACACCCUCUACAGCUCUCUCUCAGAGCCAGAGGUCUUGCUGCAGACGUAA